AAUCCCAGUGGAACCUACUUUGUUUUUAGCUCAAAACUCUCAUCACAUCUCUUUCUAUCACGUGAAUCCCAAUUAUUUGUAACUUGUUACAUAGUAGCCUUUCCCUUUAUAUAUAACCCCAUUCCUCCGCACACUCAUAUACGUGUCUCACAAACUGAUCAUCUCACUUUCCCGAUUUGCUCAAUGGCAGCCGGAGGCCAACUCGAUCCUGCACCAGACUCGUUAUCGGGUCAAACCAAACAUAUCCCGUAUAUCUCGAAUACUAUUUCAGACUCGAGCAAGCAAAAUAAGAAGAGCAAUAGUAAUGAUCAUGCUUCAGACCUGUUAUCAAGUCAAACCAAGCGUACUCAGUGUAUCCCGAGUAAGCGGAAUACGAGUAGUAGUAAAAGUAAGCACCCGGUGUACAGGGGAGUAAGAAUGCGUAGCUGGGGUAAAUGGGUGUCCGAGAUUAGACAGCCUCGUAAAAAGACACGUAUUUGGCUCGGCACGUAUCCCACGGCUGAAAUGGCGGCUAGGGCACACGAUGUCGCCGCGUUGACCGUCAAAGGUGGCGCGGCGAUCCUUAACUUCCCUCAGCUCGCGCAUUCCUUGCCUCGUCCCGAGUCUGUUUCUCCUCGUGAUGUUCAAGCUGCGGCUGCCAAAGCAGCCGCAAUGUCUUCUUCGUCGUCUUCUUCUCCUUCUUCUGUGUUUGAUCACGAGUCGUAUGAGCUGGGACUCGGUGAGAUAACUGAGUUGCCGAGUUUGAACGUGGAGAAGGAGUCUUCUGAUGAGGUAUUACUUGUUGACUCGCCGGAUAUGUGGCUUUAUCCGGCGCCGUCAUGGGCGGAGGAAACGGAGUUAGAUGGGUAUUUAAUUUCCGGUGAAUUUAAUUAGUUGAUUAUUUAUUUUGCUGUAAAUUAUAUAUACACUUCUGUAAUUUUGAAUUUAAGUUCUUUGUGGUAUAUAAAAUGUUUCAUUGUGGGGAAUAA